AUGACGGACACGAAAAUCAUCACCGCAUCAUCGAUGCCGGAGUUUAACCCGACAGAGAAUUGGAAUUUGUGGUUUGAACGUCUUGAAUUACAUUUUGUUGAAAUUGACUGCACGGACGAAAAGCAAAAGAUUUCAAUUUUAUUAAAAUUGAUCGGAGCAGAAGCAUACCAAAUUCUGCAUUGUUUGUGCAGUCCGAAAUUACCGAGCAAAGAGAAGUACGACGAUUUGUGUGCGUUGAUGAAAGCGCAUUACACACCACCCAUAAUUGUUUUCAACGAGCGAAGAAAUUUCUACGCAGCGAAAAUGGGAGCCGACGAACGUGUAGCAUCGUGGUUUGCACGUGUGAAGAGGUUAUCACUUGGUUGCAAAUUCGUCGCUGGUGAUUUGGAACGUAUCGUUUUGGACAAAUUUGUCGUUGAAUUGCCAAGCAAAAUAUUCGAAAAACUUUGCGAAGAAGACGAAACGCUGACGUUGCAAACUGCAUUGAAAAAGGCGAUGAUGAAAGAAACAAAAAUUCAACAAUCGCAAAACAGCAGCGUGGAC